CCGGGUGCCUUUCCUUUUGUCCAAAACGUCUGGGGGAAAAGAAUGAAGCGCCAGGUCAAACCAGCGGAGGCCGAUGACCUGGUUGCUUGGGAAGCCACUCUCCGGGCCGGGGAUGCCUCCACCCGCGGUCUGUACCAUGUUGGGAAGUGGAGCGUCUACCCCGGCCGGGAGACCGACCCCGAACCGGAGAUUGUUCUGCCCGGGGUGAUCCCCGAAGCCAUCCCCAUCCGUCGGGCGAGGGGAUCCAAAGCCCCGGCCACUACCAAUGCCGGUCCUUCAUGCCCGGCGAAGAAGAAGAAGGAGGAAGUGGUGAAGUUUCAAUCCAAGUUUGCCGUCCCCCAAAUCGUGGUUGAGGAGCCCCCCUCCGCUCAGCCACUCACUCCUCCAUCCAACCAACCACUCUUGAUGGAUGAUCUGCCGGCCCAGUCUCACCAAGGGACCAGCCAGCCGAUUCACUCGGGGGAGAUCUACUUCAACGUAGACACCCUCGAGUUCGACAAUCUGAUGGGUGAGACUGGGCAUACGUCCCAGGCGUGGGUGGGAGACCGGCCCAAUGAGGAAAGGGACGCCAAGGAGGAGACUUCUGGGGGGUCCCUUCAACGGAAGAAGCGAAAGACUGAGGAAGUCAACCAGCCUUCCCAUCAGGGGGCCCAGUCCUCCGACGCCGGCAAGGGGCCGAUAGUGCCUCGUUCUCUAGCUCUAAUGUCCAGGUCAAACGAGGAGCUCUUCCGAGCAUUCCGUGCUGAUCUAAAUGAGGUCGGCCGGAUCGGGGAGGAGUACUUCGCCCGGCUGGUGAAGUCGAUGGAUGAGGAGAAGGCCCGGAUGGAGGCCAUGAUGGUCGAAUGCCGGAAGGAAGCCCAGGCUGCCCGGGC